AUAAUUAAUUUAAUCCUCUUCUGAUUCUCAUCUAAUUACAGAAUUAUUAUUAUUAUUAUUAUUAUUAUUUUCAGUUCUGAAAAUUAAAUGUUGAAUUAUGAAUUUUGACUGGUUGAGUUUUGUUUAUGAUUAGAGAAGUGAGGCUUUUUAAUUAAUUUCCGGGACUGAUUUUAUAUAUGUCUUAGAAUUCAAUGAUUUUAUCAGUCUGGAAAUUGUGGUGGGAUGUUGGGGGCUUUUGUGUUGUUAAUCAGAAUGCAAUAUCUAAUGUUGUAAUCUGCUUCUUCAACUAGAGCAAAGUUUUUCUUUUCGCAGUUAUUACUCGUGUUCCUAUAAAACAGAAAAUAUAAUGUGUAGAAAAGUUUUAGCUUUUAGCCUAAGAAGUACGGACACCUUGAAACUAUUGGCGUGUCAGACACUUUGUCGAAUUCAAGUAUGUUGAGGACACUCUGCAUGCGUGUCCAGAGUGUGUAGGGAUGAAAAAACAUCAUUUUCCUUAUUUAAAUAAUACUUUGAUUAUAUAUAUAUAUAUAUAUUAAAAGAUUUUGAUAGCUAUUGCUUAUUUUGAAAAUUUAAAAUAAACAUAAAAUAUGCCUAAAAUGCAUAAAAUAUAGGUAAAAAUAUAUUAAUUAAUUAAUUGUCGUAUUUUUGUGUCCUAAUUCUUCAAGAAUUGUUCGUGUUCAAGAAAAAAAAAUUUUAGCUUCCAUUCAUCAGUGGAAUAUAUUAGAUUCUUUAAUGAGCUGAGCAGAUAUAGAAAAGUUGAGCUUGGGGCACCGGCACACACUAUUAAAUCUCAUGGCGCUGCUCUUGCUAUGAAUCACAAGCAUGAUUGGCUUAUAUUGCUGUUUCUUGCAAUGAUAGAAGUCACUCUAAUGAUCAUUCAUCCAUUUUACCGCUUUGUGGGAAAGGAUAUGAUGGAAGACCUUAAGUAUCCUAUGAAAGCCAACACAGUUCCUGGAUGGUCCGUUCCUAUGUAUGCAAUUCUGUUGCCUAUUGCCAUCUUCCUUCUCGUCUAUAUUCGUAGGGGAGAUGUGUAUGAUUUGCACCACAGCACUCUUGGUCUCUUAUUUUCUGUGCUGGUUACUGCGGUGAUUACGGAUGCAAUGAAAGAUGCAGUUGGCCGGCCUCGACCAGACUUCUUUUAUCGUUGCUUUCCUGAUGGAAAGGAAUUUUAUGAUCAAUUGGGAAAUGUAAUCUGCCAUGGUAAAGCUAGUGAUAUAAAGGAAGGGCACAAGAGUUUCCCAAGUGGUCACACUUCAGCGGCCUUUGCAGGCUUAGGUUUUUUGUCAUUUUACUUGUCUGGAAAAAUUCAAGCAUUUGAUCGCAGAGGGCAUGUGGCAAAACUAUGUAUAAUUUUCCUUCCGCUACUUGUCGCGUCCCUUAUUGGUGUCUCACGAGUUAUUGACUACUGGCACCAUUGGCAAGAUGUGUUUGCUGGAGGUUUGCUAGGGCUAGUUGUGGCAGCAUUUUGCUAUCGACAAUUCUUCCCAAACCCUUAUGAUGACGAUGGAUGGGGCCCAUAUGCAUAUUUUAAAGCUAUGGAGGAGUCACGUUGCAAUACAAACACGUCCAAUAAUAUGACUGCACCUGAUGUGCAGGCCCAAGGGAUUCAGGUUGUGAACCAACCGGGAAGACAAAAUGGUGGGGCAGUAGGCAAUCUAAGCUCUGCCCAGGAUGCAAUGGAAUCAGGGAGAUCAUUGUGAAUAUCUUGUACUUUAUGCUUCUGGACUUCAUGUAUGUAUGUGUAAAUGACAAUUCUCUGUAUCAACAGAACUUUAGGCUUAGCAAUGUAGAAUGCAGAUUGAUUGUGGCCGUUAUUGAA